CACAGAUCCGUCCGGUACCUUUUCUUUUCUCUCUCGACUAUGACGGUUACGCCAAGCACUCGUUAUAUCUAUCCAUACGCAUGGGAUCUGGCCGUCGUCGCUAACCAGGCGAGAUAUCCCACCCAUCCUAGCGUCCCUGUCUUGCUGGGCGCGGACAUAGUGACCGACGAGCUUUAUUUGACUGCACAGGAACUCGAGCAUACUGGAUUAUCGCAUCCUUCGAUUCGACCCAUUACGAGUCAAGAAGCAGCUCGCAUCCAGGGUGACUUUGUCAUGCCUAGCAAUGUCAUUGGUCUUGAUUUGAUCCCUCAGAUAGGUGUUCGCCGAAUCGUCCGAAAUUGCCGUAUCAAAGUGGACUUUCCAGCCCUGCUCAAGAAGGCUGUGAACGUCAGCGAGCUUAUCGUCAAGCAUGAGACGGUGAUUGACAGUCGCUUGAAAACACUCACUGUCACCGGGAGCAAUGAGACGCUAACCGGGCUGGUCAGCUUAGGAGAUGUGACGGUCUACCGAACCAUUCAGCCUAAUGAAAAUAUUGAAGAUGCAACCUUAUUGGGCGUACAGACUAGCCAGAGCGGAGGGUGUCUAUUUGAGCAACACGCCUUCUUAGAUAUCCGAGUGAAAAUCCCAUUUAAGACAUCGAUUGAGAGUCACAUUCUCAAAACAUACCGAAAGACAACAGGCGAAGGCAGAGUACUCGAUCUUCAACUGAUGGAAGCCAUAAAGAAGGAACAACAGCAAGAUCAAAAGACGAUCGUAGAAGAAAGGGUUCCAGUACUAGGAAAAGAAAAAGCCUCCCAAAGCCCGCAUUAUUGCGGAGAAUUGCCUACUAUUUGAAAGCGUGGUGCUGGGGCCAUUUCCCUGGCACCGUACACUCUAACCAUAGCAUUUUAUAACCAUCACAUCUACGUGAUCUAACAUCCACCCACUGUAUUUAUAAUUCAAUAUGCUCCCCCGUACUUCACACAAAGAUGAUAAAUGUAUGUACUAUUUACCGCCCUGC